GUGUGAAGUUCAGUAGCAUUUUUCCUAACUUCUUCAGUUACGUUUUAAGGAUCUUCAGAGUUAAAAAGACAUUAGUCUUGUUUUCUAAUAGCUGAAUUAAAUUUAAGUUAAAUAACGGGAUUUGAAUGCGAUUGCACUCCGGGUGGGAAAAUUCCUGCAGUCAAUCCUUACAGCCCCUCACACCCUCAACCUAACGUUAGUGGUGGAACAAAAAUGGCGAGCAAUAUUGAAGCUUUCCAACAGUACAGUUUUGAGCUGGAUGAAUCAUGGAUCUAGCUGACUACAAGUAAAUGUAUUCUUUGUAAUAAAUAGAAUUUUUUUCACCCUUCAAAACAACUUGAAUAUAAAAAUUCAAAAAUACAAUUUAAGUUUAAUUUUCUUUGUAUGUGUCCUCCAUCAUUAUAAAAAAAUGCCACAAGAUCAUGUUAAAAACACCAAAAACACAAUGUUUACCACAGAGGGCCUCUAAUUGUCCUUUCAGGGCAGUGUCAGUCAGACCUCCUGCUCUCCUGGCAGCUACCAGCCCAGACAAGGCCAACAGAGCUGUGAGACAUGUCCUCCUGGGUUUGUUUGUCAAGACCAAGGAAUGAGUCUUCCACGUCUCUGUGAAAGAGGAUUUUAUUGUCCCAGUGGGUCAGCAAAACAACGGCCCUGUCCGUCAGGAACAUACGGAAACAUGUCGGGGCUGUCUGAGGAAGCACAGUGCGUCCUGUGUGAUCCGGGCAUGUACUGUAAAGAAACAGGAAGUAUUUUCCCCACUGGGCCAUGUGAUGCGGGGUUCGUCUGUGUGAGAGGAGUCUCUGAAGCUUCACCAUCAGACAGUCUGAGGGGCUUUUCAUGCCCACUUGGGCACUUUUGUCCUGUGGGGACUUCUGUACCUAAAGCAUGUCCAAAAGGAACUUUCAGUGAUCAGCGAGGCCUCGUGGAUGAUUCCGAGUGUCAAAGCUGCAUCCCCGGCUUUUACUGUUCCGAGUCGGGCCUCUCUUCUGUUUCUGGACCCUGUUUGCCUGGUUUCGUCUGUCUGGAAGGCUCUCAGUCUGCCGCUCCUCCAUCAGGUGACUCUGGAGGGGUUUGUCCAGUUGGUCACUACUGUUCAGAGGGGACCAGCGUUCCCUCACCAUGCCCACCAGGUUUCUAUCAGAAUGAGGCUGGAGGAAAAAGCAAAGAUGACUGCAAACCAUGUCCUCUUGGUUGGUUUCAGGAUUUACCUGGUCAGAAAGAAUGCAAUCCGUGCCCUCCUGGGUUCCUCUGCAUGGCUCCGAGUGCCAGUUCCACCAGAGGGAGUCCCAUUGGAGCCUCCAGCCCUCUGCCCUGUCCAGCUGGCUUCACAUGUCCCAGCGAGAAUCCAGAAAAUCCACCAGUACCUUGUCCUAAAGGCACCUACAGCCCAGUCCAGGGUCUCAUUACUACUGGCCAGUGUUUAGUGUGUCCAUCAGGUCAGUUCUGUGGCUCCGAGGGUUUGAUUGAACCUUCUGGACAGUGUGCUGCUGGGUUUCUUUGUAUCUCGGGUGCAAAGGUGCCAAAUCCAACUGAUAACACAACUGGAUCUCUUUGUCCGCCGGGGGGUUUCUGUCAAGAAGGCCUCAAAGAAGGUGAUUGUUGGGCAGGGUUUUACUGUGAUUGGGGAUCCAGCAAAGCAGAUAAAACUCUGUGUCCUGCUGGGUUCUUUUGUCCCAAUGGAACAAAAAACCCAAUACCUUGCCCUGCAGGAACAUUCAGCUCUGAAAUGGGCAGCACUCAUCAAGAGAACUGUAAGACCUGCUUGUCUGGAUACUACUGUCAAGAUGAUGGUACUUCCCAGCCUGCCCUGUGUCCUAUUGGACACUACUGUCCAGCAGGUCUCAUUUAUGGGGUGGAGUUCCCUUGUCCUCCCGGCACAGUGCAGAACCAGCUUGGAGCCUCCAACUCUGAAGCUUGUCUAUCGUGCCCAGCUGGAAUGUUCUGCGCUCAGCCUGGCCUGUCGGAGCCCACAGGUCUCUGUCAGGCUGGAUACUUCUGUCCUGCAGGAUCAACAAGUCCCAACUCCACUGAGUACCAGGGCAACAGCACCAUAAACCAUCUUUGUCCACCUGGUCAUUACUGCCCCUCUGGAACUGGAUAUCCGCUCCCUUGCCCUCCAGGCUCCUUGUCCAUGUCACAAGGACUGAAAACCAUUGAAGAAUGUCCACCGUGUCCCCCCGGGUUAUUCUGUGGCAGUGCCGCAAUUGCAAAUCUCUCAGAUGCUCUCCCAUGUCAGGCUGGGUAAACACUGCUACUAAUACGUUUUAACCUUAAUGAAACAGUACCCCAUGUAACUGGUGCUGUUUUUUUAACACAAAUAUAUU